UGCUUCAGUCUCUGUACAGAUGUUUGGGGAGUUUCUCUGUCUUCACCAGUAAUUACAUCAUUAAUUAAUUACAUCAGUAAUACCAGGUCACAUCACUUCCAGGCAUGGAUGAUUUGUAACUGGAGACAUCAGAGUGGACACACAGCCGAUUAAUGACCGUGCUGGACAAGUGCCUAUUCUUACUUUUGAGUCAGAAUGAACUCCGGGUACGGAACAGUUCCCGGUAACGCAGCUCUCGUGUAACAUCGUGAGAAAGUAAACCGUUCCAUGGCAGACGACGGACGGGAAUGUAAAUAUGCGACGUUGGCAACUUGUUUCUGAUUAAUUCCUCACGUGUUUGCGCGAUUCCCACGCGCGCCUAUAUUAACGCGCCGCACAUUUACGCAGCGCAGUCGGACGGAUUUACGCGCUGACCAACAAACCUUAAAGUCGCUUUAACACUGAAACAACCAGCUGGGACAAAGUUACAUCCUUUUUUUUUCCUCUUUCGCACUCUGAGAUUAUCACUUUAGGAAAACACUGGUCGGAGCUGUGUGUGGAUUUCGGUGCACCGGGUUUGUGUGUUCUUAAGAUGCGCGCGUUCCGAGUUGUGUUCGUUGUCACGGGGCUCGCGCUGUGCGUGUGCGCCGCCGCGCGUGGUGGCGAAAGCGAGACACACGUGGACGCGGCAAGCGCGCGGAGCUACAGCAGCGUGUUCACGCGGAUCUUGAAGAUGGUGCGGAACGCGGAGGACGGCGGCGGAGAGCUCGCGCAGGCCACCGACAAUGUGGAGAGCAAGAGCUCUCAUCAACAGCAGACGAAAAGCGGGGAACAGAUACUGGAAAUCUUUCCCAGGGACCUCAGAAAGAAGGAGAAGUUUUUAAAGCACUUUACAGGUCCUUUAUACUUCAGCCCCAAGUGCCGGAGACAUAUCUACAGGCUUUAUCACAACACCAGAGACUGCACAAUUCCUGCGUAUUACAAGAGAUGUGCACGACUUCUCACUCGACUAGCCGGGAGUCAGAGGUGCCGCGAGAGCUAACUUCAACUUCGGAUACUCUUUCGCAGGUUCAAACCAGCCAAACCAGAAGAGGAAGGAAAAUACUAUUGUCAAGUGCCUUUUGGACGAGACCAACCUUCGUCGUUCCAUCGAUGUUACAAAUCACGUCCGGGACACGACUUUGUCGCUGCAGGGGUCACACAGACCAGAUGGAGCACCUCGUGGAGGUGAAAGCGAGAGAAAAACGGAUCUUCUGAUAUUUCUGAGAUAAACUUGUCUCAACUCAACUGAGCUAUAACAAAAAAAUAAAAUAAAAAAUACGCUUUGGAUCCGACGAACCUCCUUGUUCCAGAAAGAAGGAUUGACUUGGGUUUGGAUUUUGUUUGAUAUGAUAAUGACACUCAGAAUGGCAUCAUUUCGCCAGCAAAAUACAAACAGAUCAUGAUUCAUUCCUGAUCAGGGAAUUCCAGCUUCCAAAAACGUAACCGCUAACUUAUUUCCAUCCCAAUGCUUUUCAUCUCUCCAGCAUUAUGUCUGUGAAAACACCAGAUGUUUGCUGACCGGCGUGUGUGUGUGUAUGUGUGUGUGUGUGACUGGAGAUAUAGUCCAUAUAUUUUCAUGUACAUGAUGUAAAGAGACAGAAAACUAAAGUGAAGGUGUAAAUACUGUACAUAAAGGAGGCAGAAAAUCCCUGUAAUGAGCAUCAGGCUGUACGUGUGUGUGUGUGUGUGUGUGUGUGUGAGUGUGACAGAGCA